CACUUUUUAGUUUUAGGAUACACAGGUCCAGAUAUACUGCUUGGAGAUAUCAUCUCAGAUGCUGAAACCCUAAGGUUUAUAACUCCAAAUACCCGCAAUGCCAUAACUUACCCACAUGGCUUGUGGCCGAGCAACACAGUCCCCUACAUCAUAGACAGAAGCAUCGGUGAGUAUUCCCAGAGCGAUUACAACCCACCUCUAGUAAUCGAUGCAAUACAAAAAGUUUGUGGUAAUUACUGGAUUUAAGGGUCUAAAAACACCUCAGAUGCUGAAACCCUGAGGUUUAUAACUCCAAAUACCCGCAAUGCCAUAACUUACCCACAUGGCUUGUGGCCGAGCAACACAGUCCCCUACAUCAUAGACAGAAGCAUCGGUGAGUAUUCCCAGAGCGAUUACAACCCACCUCUAGUAAUCGAUGCAAUACAAAAAGUUUGUGGUAAUUACUGGAUUUAAGGGUCUAAAAACACCAUAAUUCCUGGUGUAUCCAUGGGGAAGGUUUGGGAGAAGGGCGGGGAUCAGACUUAUGUGACAGGAUUGCAAGUUGCUAAUUGAUAUAAAGUGUUUAAAAUUUCCUCGUCGUGAAAUAUUUCUUAGCUUAUUUAAACUCAAGUGUGUAAAAAUAUUCAUGAUCUGUUUUCUGUCCUGGAUCAGCCACUGGAACAUCUAAAAAUGACAUAGUUCAAAAUGAAAACCAGAUUAGAGGCUUUCUUGUAGAACACGAUUUGAAAAUCCUAAAAACUUGACUUUGCGAAAUCGGUGUAACAGUUCCUCUCAGCGUUUCGCGAACUCUAAAAUGAACAGAGGUUUCGCUCAUUUCAGUGUUCUCGUUUUUUCCAGUUAAGGAGUCAACGUAUGUUUUACAACACCAUCUCACACAAAAGGAAUAAUCGGCUGAUGCAGAGAAAAUCAAGACUUCUAAUACUUACAUCUUACCUCGUUUCUGAGUCAUUUUGUAUGUUUGUUUACAAUUUAUAAAUGUAGGACAACAAGGUGUGAAAGCCAUCAACGAUGCCAUCAAAGAUUAUCAUAGCCAGACAUGCCUGAAGUUUGUCUCCAGGACCACUCAGAGAAAUUACAUCAGAUUUACUGUCGGUGGCGGGUAAGCAGGAAAUUUCUCUCUAAAGUAAAAGAAGCACAUACGCUUGUGUAAUAGCACCAUAUGUAUUGCGUUUAAAAGUAGAUCUAAAUACUUCUUAUUAUAUAAUCACAUACGAGAAUAACUUCAAAUAUACUAGAUGGGACAGCUCUAAAGGGAAAUAUCAUGGUAUUUGGGUUUUGUUACCAGGGUUAUGGCACGCGUUAAAUAUCAAGCACAACCCGCGCAGUAUAAAUUGCUAGGCACCGAUCUGUGCGCCAUUAUUAUAUCUGCGUUGUGAAAAUUUGUACUUCACAAAAACUAUUAGACCAUUAAAUCUCUGAUAAACUAGUUUUAAGAAGGUUACAAUAUUUUAUUACAUAAAUUUAUUGCAUAGGCUGUGCACAAAACUUUAAAAUGACUAUACAUUUAUAGCCAAUACAAACCCCUAUACAUAAUAAAAUGUCAGUAUGAUCAAAGGAAAAAAUUAUGUGCCAUACAUCUGCAAGAGUUCAUGUAAUUAUUUUAAUUACAUGAAUAUUAACUGAUACUAGGAAUCUAAGAAUAUUCAAAAGAAAAUAACAUUUGGUUUAAAAAUUAGAAUUCAGCAUAGGCCGGAUAAUCAAGAUUCCCAGAAAAAGAAAUGUGUACUAAUGAAAAAGUGAAGCAAACUUUCCUACAACACCUGCCUGUACCUGUACAGCAGGUAUUAAAGUCAUUUAAAGUAGUCAUAAUCCUGGUUUUUAUAUGUUGAAAACCAACACACAUGCAGAUUUCCUGUAAACCUGUAGUUCAAGCCUGUGAUGACUUUGAAAUUUCAAUGCACACCUCAAAAGGAUAACAAAUAAAAUUUCAAGUUUCUAUUUAUUCAGUUUAAGUUAGUGGGAUAAAAUUGAGUCAAACAUUCAUACAAUGACUGGUUCAGGAAGUUUUAACGACUAAUUUUUAAGGUUAGCCUACCCUGAACAAUCACCAGUUUUAUAAAGGGCAGACAAAUUGCUAUCCAGCAGAUAGGUGAUAGCAAAACGCAUAGGGUUAUCCAUGGGAUAGAGUUUUAUCCAGUAGAUAGCACUAUCCAACUUCCGCACAACCAGGGCCAGGUUUGUCCUGAUAAUGCACAAAAGAACUAUCUGUGGUAAGAGGGCAUGCUUUCCUUUCUUCAUUUAAAUAAAUACUGAGGUUAUCAUCUUUCCACAAGCUCAGUGGAAAGUGAGAGUGAUUGAGACUGAUAUUGACUAUGUUAUUUGAAUAAAUCUCCAGAGGAGGUUUAAAUGUAAGAUAUGGUCUGCACAACUCUCUUAUUUUUAUUUUUUAACCGAUAAACCUAAGGCAUUUAUAUUCUUGCUUUGUGCAUUAUGUGGACGCCAAUUAAUUUAACUUUCAUGGGUUAAAAUAAAAACAACCUUCUCUUCAUCUAUGUGCCCUAAACAUUAUGGGGAAAGAGGUAGGUCAAAGUAAAAACAUGAAUUAAAACAGGAGGGUCCCCAUUAAUUUCAGUCCAAAUUAAAGGAGGAUUCUUGCCUUUCCAGAGUCCAGCCCUUUAAACUGGCAUAUGUUGUGACCAAUUCUGUAUAUGAAUGUUUAGUUUGGGUAUGAGCAUUGAUAAGAAACACCAUGAAUUAAUGAAAGCUUGAGAAAGAGUAUUUAAUGCAAUCUAAAUAAUAAUAUUAAAUGUUACAAUGCAGUAAUUUACACAUCAAAAUUAUAUAAUCACACAAUUCCAAACAAAGGAAGUCAGGUUAUUGACUCACCUGCUUCAACUUUGAGGGCUUAAGGUACAGAGAAAUAGAUAUGGUAAACAGUUACCAUUAAUACAAAGUUGAAAGUUUGAAAGCUAAAAGAUGUACAUUACAAUCACCAGACCCUAUGCAUCCUAGCAAAGAAAGGGUCAAUUACCACCAUAACUUCUCCCAAACAUUCAUGCUUACUGGAAAUCAUUAAUUUUUGUCACUAGGUAGUAUUGUAUUUACAAUACUUCUAUCGACACAAAUGCAUUUUUCUAAAGUUAUCUCAUACCAUAUGACUCUACAGGUCAUGUGGAAAGUUCCUGCAUGGGGACUGACAUUUCAAUUACCUCAGCAAACUGUAAUCAUCAGAAUUGCAAGCUAAGGUGUAUUUACCAAGUGCUCAAGUUUCCAAAUUAGUCACCUAAUUGUUAGAAUGGAGUUCACUCCUUUUUGAGGCUAUCUUCAGCUCAAUCAUCCUGUUACAUCUGGAAACAUCAAAUAUGACUCACAUAUUCAAAUAAUUACCUGAAUCACAAUUUAUAAUUUUUUGAACAACCUGCUUCCUUUAAUUGUGCUCCAGAAAUAGUAAAUGGUAUUGAAGAGAAAAAAAAAGGGUCCUUGAAACGUUCUAUGUUAAAUGAAACUUUGAAUAAAUGUUCAUUGUGAUGGCAACCAAAACAUCUGUGAAGCUAUUAAUAAGAACAAUUAUCUUUCCAUGUAAACAAACCAUAAUGAAGCAUGAUACAAAUAAAUUUAAUCUCACCCAAUUUGAAUGUAGCAUCCAAAAUCUAAAUAACUGGUGAAUAGGAAAAAGUUCAAUGUGUUUUUACUGCUUCUGUCAUUCUAAAUGUUACAAAUCAAUCACACCACCACUUAACCCUUUAACUCCUAAGAGUGACUAGCAUCUAAUUUCUCCCAACAACAUCACCCCUGAAUCAUACAUCAAGGUCAUGAGAAUAAAGGAAAUGAUCACCAACUAAAGAAGCUCUUGAUUGUUAAGCAAAUUCUCCUUGUUAGCAUCUUAGGAAAUGUAUGGAGAACUGUAUGAAGAAUAUGUAUACUGAUGUUAGGGUGUAAAGGGUUAAGGAUGAUUUUUUUGAUGAUGUGUCCUUUUUCCUAUGGACAUCUAAUUUUAGUAUCUAUCUUUUACUAGCUGCAUGAUUUAAAAGAAAAAUCAAGUCAGCUACACUGGUAAUUUGACACAUAUUGCAGGCAAACCCUACGACUGAUUAAAUUUUGUUUGAUCAAAAACAUGAAUGGCAAUAGAGGAAAUUAGCUAGUACAAUUCAAGCUUCCCUUCUUAAGUAUUCUGUCAUGUUUUUUCUAUCAUAUGGUAAAGUUUAAUUUAUUCAUAACAUCACACUCUCAUCAAAGUUUUUGUUACAUUUGAAAGCAUAAGAAUAUUUUAAUUAAUCAUUAAAAUAUAAUGAAAUCCCCAAUUUUAACCCUAAAAAGUCCCGCUAGAGAUCUAGACAGAAUUUCUCCUCACACUAUCAAUAUGAUAUCAAGUAGACAAGUAAUAAGAAUAAAGAAUGGAGGAAAACAUUUCAACCAACAUGGCAUCUUGUCACGUGAUUGCAAACCAAAAAUAAACCUACAAAUGUCUUCUUCAUUUUUGGAGUUAAAAAGUUAAGGCAAUUUGUCGGAUAGAUACAAUCGUAACCUGUAAAAUUUUACACACCUGGCAAUCCUCUAAAAUCGCCUAGAUGGGAUCUUGGUUCAGAUUGCACUGUAGAGGUCUUACGUAGGCGAGGUAGAGGUCUUACGUUGUCCCAAUCCCGCACAGUCGCGUUAAAAGUGUACCGUGUAUCCUGAAUUUGGGGGAGGAAUAAUCCUUAACUCAAAAGGGCCCUGACCUCGUUGAAGUAUUUCAAACCCUCCACCAGCAAUUAACUUAAGGUAGCUUUCUUCUUGCUUCGUCAUGACAUCUGUUGCGUUGGUCUUGCUGUUGAAGCAAAUUUUUUUGCGGCCUUGACCAGCCUGUUGCAACUGGAUUUUAAAUGAUCUGCCACGGACUGCCAACUGCUUUUUAUCUGCUAGACAAAAAAAUUCGUGGGUCCAUGUAUCUCGUUUGAAGAACAAUACUGUUGUGUUCCGUUUCCUUCUUUUAGUAGCCGGAGCUGACGACGCCGACUGCUAUCUUGCGCGAGCCGUGUAAAACGGCUGAAAUAAAUUUCGAAAAUUUUCUGGUACUCGUCCAUCGGUUUCCCGUCUGUUCACUGACUACUGCACCGUACCUUGGAGAACCAUUCUCGGGACUCUGGGAUGUGUGUUCCCUUAUAAGACGGGUCGCCUUUUCUAAAAUUAAUUAUAAAUUCACCACUCUUUCACGAAGAGCCACCAUGUUUCUGACCAAGGCAGGGGGACAGAGAGGAAAUAUAUGAACAUAAUUAUAAUUUUGGCGGGAAAUAAUUUAUCUUGUCCAAAACUCGUUUCUGAGUGCCAUGCCGAACUGCAUAUUACCUUGACAAAACACCAUAAUGAAACGCACGCUAUGAAAAUGACAAAUCAUAACAGCAAAACUGCUUUUCCCAAUGUCGAAAUUGAAGAAUACUAAAAUGCAAUGGCAAAAUAGCAAAGUAUAAUAGCCGAACGCCAAGGUAGAGUGACAAAUCAGCACAUUGCAAAAGCUCCUCCUCUUCUUCCUGGGAUCCUUUGUGGUUCGCUUCUCUUUGUUGAUGACCCUCGACUUGCUUUACCCCUCUUAUUUCUUGCUUUCUUUUGUCGCUCUCUCUCUUUCCGGCCUAUUUUCACUCAAAACCCUUUCUCCACGCACUUGAAUUAUAACAAUUUCCUCCGGCUGACAAAGCUCCAGCUCUGCCGGUAUCUGCUUUUCGAGUUAAUUCAAAAUUGCAAAAUACUGAGAAUUACUGUUCAACUACAACCUCACCAGUUCGAUUUCCACUCAAAACGCGUUUUGUAAAUUAAUUGCUUACGCGGCUUCAUAUCUACCAGCUCACGUGAAGCACUCGUCUAAUGCCUAACCGUGUGCCCGCGGUAAGCUGCACUCAAGCUCGGUAUUCGAAUAUGCACACUUCAUUGUGACCUGCCAGUGUCUCCUGGCACAAAUGGGGUAUCCUAGUUACGCGCCUAAUUGCGCCUGCGCAUUACCUUCUACUUUGCCUUUCCAUUACGUAAUAGCUAGGAACGCGCCUGCAAUGCACUUGGCCUUGCAUUCUAAAAGUAGCACCUUGUAUGGUCGGUCGAACGGUCGUAAGUUCAAAUUUUAUUCGGCUACAUGGGUUACUACUAUUUCAUAUAGUUAUGGACUAUGCUGCGCGCGUUGCGAACUCCGCUAUUAUCUGCCAAUCGCCUGUAAGUGGUUGCAGCUUGACUGGCACCCGAAGCAGGAUCCUGUUGCAAAGUAUUAAGCUUCAUCCUUUCUUGCGUAUUUUUCGUAUUCUUUCGCUCAACUACGCCUAUACUAGUUGUCCACCUUUCUCCUCCGAAUCAAAACACCACAUAAGGAAGUACAAGGUUCACAAAUUUAUCAUCUCUUUUGACUGAUAGGUGCUCGUCAUCUGUAGGUCGCACAGCACGUGGAGAGCAGAAGAUAAACCUUCACCGAAACUGCUGGUUCAAGGGCAUUGUCAUCCACGAAAUAGCGCACGCAAUUGGCUUCUUUCACGAGCAAUCUCGAUCAGACAGAAACAGUUACGUCAAGAUCCUGUACGAGAACAUUGAAAUAGGUGAGAAGAGGGCUUUGUGAUACUAUGAAAAAAGCUAUCGCCUUAGAAUCACCACUGAAAAUAAAUUAUAAAAGCUCCAAUAAGACAUUUUACUGAGCCAAUCUAUGGUCGGUAAGUUAGUUGAGAAGGAGGUUCUGGAAUCUCCCUUUUCCCUGUAUUCCAACUGGUUUUUUUUCCUAUUACCAGGCCUUUGUAGCCACUUUACAUCCCUUCUUUCAGGUCACACAUAUGCGUUGGCGCUCGUAAACUUAUAACUUUUUUUUUUGUUUUGGUUUUUUUUUGUUUGUUUGUUUGUUUGUUUGUUUUUGCUUUUUUUUCCAUUUUUGCGUUUAUGCCUCGAUCUUUUAACAUAAUAUUUUUCGUAAACACCUGUCAGAGUCCAUACACAUAAAUACACAAAAACUUUACACAAAGUUGUAUUCCAUCAGGCAAAGAAAACAACUUCGACAAAUUCGAUCAAGGCGAGAUCCAGCAUUUGGGAGAACCUUACGACUAUAGUAGCAUAAUGCAUUAUGGGCCGGAUAGCUUUACCCGUAAUGGACGACCAACCAUCAUGGGAUUGAGGAGUGGGUCAAACCAAAUGGGUCAGCGGAAAGGAUUUAGUGCUAAUGACGUUCGGCAGAUCAAUAAGUUGUACAAGUGUCCUGCAAGUGAGUUUUGAUGUUAAAUACCGUAAAAGGUUCAAACACCAAGACAAUUACACUCUACCUUCCACAUGCAUUACAUGAAGCGUAUAUCCCGUGUGAGUGCCGUAAAACUCAAACCAAAGUAAUCACAACGGCCACUCAGAAGAAAGGAAAACACCAAUGAGAAUUUAAAGUAAAAACAACCAAAUUGGCUAAAGCGCGGGAAAAUGCGGACAACCAACUCGUGAGAGUAGUCGUGAUUGGUUUUAGUUUUGCAUCCGAUUGGUUGGAAAAGUGGCACGAGUUUUCUAGACCAAUCACAGAUCGAAAUAAAGAAAACUACAGCAAUUUCGGAUUUCUUUUUACAGUCAAUUGAAAAUAAUUCUAUGAGGACAAUUAAAUCUGAAAUAGGUAUCAAUUCUCGCACGCGUCUUUCUCCAUUACGUGGGAUAAACUAAAUAAAUAAGGCAAAGCUGAACUUGAUCAAUUUUCCUCCUCUAGAGCCAGUUGCCCCAGGUCCAGAUGAGAAUUCUGUUGGUGAGUAAUUUCGCACAUUAAGUGAGUGAGAGGAGCUGGAGUGGGGCGGGGGAGGGGGAUGGGGGAGGUGCUAGUGAAUGGCUACCCAAACUGACUCUGAAUCCACCAGAUUAGAAACAAUUCCUCGCUGGAAACCUAGCCAAGCUCAUUGAGGUUGAGUAAAAUGGUAGUGCCUCUCUAGACAAAUUCGAAGUCCAUCGCGAAUUUUCCUCCCUCCCACUUCCACUUCUCAUUUCUUCACCAUUCCUUAACAGCUCGCCGGUACUUUUUUUUCUCCUGGGAGGGAAGAGGCACAGUGAAACCAAAAUGGAGCUUUCACUUCGGGUUCAAACUCACGAACGGUUAGACCUGAAAACAGACGCAUUCUUGUUCGCAAAUGGUUUGCAUACUUGACCGUAAGUAACAUUUCUAGCGGGUGCCGGUAAAUUUUCUGCUCAUGUGCGGUGCUUUUUACUAUGUUGUUGCAUCCAGGAGGAGUAGUAGUGAUACUUGUUGUCGCUUCACGUAACGGAAAUCGUGUCAAACUCCGAUAAAGAUUAGAUCUUGAGUAAUCACACUAGUCUGUGUCGUAUGAAAACCGAACCUUGAUUAACGAUAAUGAGUGUGAGAUCAUAGAAUCAUCAUAGGAAAUGUCACAGUAGCAAUUGCCUUCUUACUAGGAUUAGAGUGAUGUCCGUUAAUUUAUGUCAGUCCUUUUUUUUCCAUAGAGUACUGUAACUUUGACAGUGGUUCGCUGUGCGACUUUACUCAAGCUACUGGAGACCAGUUUGACUGGACCCCCCAUAAAGGUCCUACAAGAAGCGGUGGGACUGGACCGAGCACAGAUAUGUCUGGAAAAGGUCAGCUAUUUGAUUAUCCUAUUUUGGAAGGCUUCCUCCUCGUGGAGAUUCGGCAAGCCAGAAGGGUAGCAAAAAAAUGCUUUGAAUCUCUUCUGUCAUUAAUUCUGCAGCAUUCUCAGAUCCCCACUGUAGGAUCUAUCAGAUCCGUUGAUUAUUGGCCGAUUUUAUAACCAUACUUAGUCAUAACUUGGUCGAUAGUCGGCCCCUGCUGACUCUUGUUUUUCCACAGGUUAUUACGUUUACAUCGAGACAUCCAAUCCUCGCAGAGAAGGCGACAGAGCUGUCCUGCUGUCUCCCCGGCUGACGGGACCUUAUUGUCUUCGUAUGCAUUUCCACAUGCUGGGUGCUAACAUUGGAUCCCUGAGGGUUUACAAAAAUUCAGCAUCGGGUAACAGUGUUGUGUUUUCCGUUGACGGUAAUAAAGGAGAUCAGUGGUACUCGGCGGAAUACUCCUUAACAGGUCCCGAGCAGUUUCAGGUAAUGACGAGUACUAGUACGCUCUUUUCCCGAGUCAUGUAAACUUUACUAGGAUCCUUUCUUCGUUAAAGGAUAAAACUCAUCGAGCGCCUUUUGAUUUAUUGGUGCUUCACUAAGCACCAAAGUGCAAAGUGGUUCAUUAGCGAAUUGUUUUCGUUUUGCAUCUGUGUGGUCGAGAGGGUGACACAAAUUUCAAUACCAAUAACAUACAGCAAGACCGAUACAAUCCUGGGUUCCUUCGACAUUCAAAUGAAAACAUCUUCAUUAACACCGAAACGCAAUCUCGAUUUGAUUUGGCUCUUGCCACGUCCUGUGAGCUAUUAGUUUGAAAUAUGACAACCCGUGAAAUCUAACAACUGAAGAAGAACAUCGCGAGGGAAUGAUAAUGUAUUUAUAAAAUUGUAAACUUAAUCUGACGUCGUCGAUGGUAGUAAUCUUCGUGCUACUCACUCCCUGGGCUCCGCGCGCCGCCCACACCUCCCCUCUUUUCUUUCGCUAAUUUUGUUUUUUUACUCGCAUGAUUAACUGUUCGUAGUCUAUUGGUGGAAUAUUUUUCUACUUUUUCCAACACUGUGACGAAUUAAUAGAGCUGGUCUGAUUUGUUCGUUAUUUCAUUUGAUACUUGUAACGUAGAUCGAUGAACACGACGAUAGAGAAGAAUAAAAUCAAGCAUCAUCUCAAGUUUAUGAUAAAUAUAUCGAUCUCUAAAUACGAGAGCGAUCUUCGCAUGAAUGAACACUACUUAGGAGUCGUGAAAAACGGCCUGAAAGAAUUUCAGGCCUGUACGGGAUUUGAACCCAUGACUUCUGCGAAGCCGGUGUUCCGCCAAAUAAGCCAAUAUUUCGACAGGGAAUUUGUCAUUAUGUUGCUUCGUAAUAGACCCGUGAAGUGAUGGAUAAAUGACUGAUUACAUGAAAAUCAUGUAUGUAAACUGCGGUUUAAGAAAUGAUUGAGUCAUGAUCGUUUAUAUUGAUCUCUUUUGCAAUGGUCCUAACACGCGUUUUUCCGAUAAUUUCUGUAUACGUUGCAGCUUGCAUUCGAGGCUGUCCGUGGCAAUGGCUACCGAGGUGAUAUUGCUUUAGACGAAAUUAAACUUGUCCCUGGAAAAUGCAACGCAUCACCGGGCACCCCUGCUCCACCUGUCAUCAAAACGCCGGUCAAACAAAAGACCACACCUGAGCCACCUACUCGUGGAGAAGGUAAGCAUGGGUAUUCAGUCAUAACGUCACCGAAUGAUUUACCUCCCCACCCAGUCACCUACCCACCCCUCCCUUCCCAACCUCCCCCUUAGAGACUAAACUUCUUUUUUGGAUAUUUUCUAGUGCACUGCAACUUCGAUACAAGGACUUUGUGUCAGUUUACCCAGACUACUGCUGACGAGUUUGACUGGGUUCUGAACAAAGGGAUCACCUCAAGCGCGCCGGAGACUGGCCCGAGAUCCGAUGUUUCAUCCACAGGUUAGCAAAUAGUUCUUGCAUCACGACAUCUUCAGGAAAAAGCAAACAUUUGUUAUGAGAUUUUUCUAUUUUUUUUUUUUUUGGCGGAUUGGUGACCUUUUUGUUUGAUUGGGAAUUAAUUUUCGGGCUGUGAACCUUUUUUUUUUCAACAAAGAAAGAAAGCUAAUAUUUUCAAGUUUUCAAAGUUAUUGGAGGUAUAAAGAGCAGAUACUGACACUCAGUUUGCAUGAAGAGUUUUUCAUUUAACCGUAAAGAGUGGAGUUUUUGUAGCGUUUUAUUGCAUGAUUUUUCUACGGUCGAAGCUUACUUUUGCGAAUUUAGAACACUCUACAGACUUUUUAUGGAACUCGGGUAGGCGAACACAGCGGUCAAUGGUCGGCCAUGCUCAGAGCAUCAAUUCUGGUUGGCCACGCGACAAUUUCCUGCGCAAACUUUGACAGGAAAACCUGGGAAACAACUGCUGUCACGUAAAAGAAGUGAAAGAAAAAUUGAAAUGAAUAUAGAAAUCUGUAAAAGGAAACAAAAGGUUCGAAAAGGAAAACCCGAGUAUUUUUAAACACAAAGCUUAUUUAAGUAGGAGUAUCCUGUUGAUUUAUCAAUCUGUUUUGAGCUUUAUCAAAAAAGGUAAUUGCUUUUAAAACGCCAUUAGUUACCAGCUUGUGCAGAUAAUAGUAACUCGUGUGACCACUGUGUUACCUAAGAUUCUGUCCCAGUACUUCAUAAUAACUUGAGUUAUGCCUUUUGUUUUUUCCUCAGGCUACUACAUCUAUGCCGAAGCUUCAUUUCCGCGUCAAAAUGGAGACCGCGCCCAGCUAUUCUCGCCGAAGCUGAUCGGUGACUACUGCCUUCAGUUUUAUUAUUAUAUGUACGGAGCUCAGAUGGGAGCUCUUCAUGUCUUUGUUCUUGUGGGCGCACAGAGGACCAAACUGGGUUCCAUCACAGGUGACCGGGGACAAAAGUGGUAUAAAGUCGACACCGACAUUGGGAGUGCACAGGCCUACCAGGUAGAUUUUUUGGGACUUCCCUAAGUGUUUUCAACUAAAUCAAAGAUGACAGCUUGAGGCGGUCCAAAACAAUCCUGUAAUCUUGGGACAUAGAUUUUUCAACAGAUCGAUAAGAUCAAAAUUGUUUCUUGACAAAAAGUACUGGAAAAAUGCCCAAUGUUACUAAACAUUAUUGGAUCGUUUCUCUGACAUAGAAAGUUGCCAUAGCAACACAACAGUCUCUUUAAAAUAACAUUGAUUCUAGCUGUUGAUGCCUGUGACUCAAAAAAGAAUUAGAUGAUACCCAUUACUCAUUAUUGAUUACAAUCAAAUCUAGAAUUACAUCAAAACAUUAAGAGUCAUCCCUCUAAAAACUGUUAUUAGGUUCAGAGCCAUCUUAAAUGGUUUACAGGUUAAGGUGGCUUUGCUGAUAAGGAUAUAACACUUUUUUUUUAGUUUGGUUUGUGCCUGACAUUUAAGACUAAGAAACAUUUGCUUCAUCUAAUGUGUUGAGUUUUAGGGUAUCAUUUCCUUUGGCCUUUAGGGACAUCUGGCGCGUCUUCAUUCGUCUAUACUGAGUAUUAAAAAAGUAAAGUAAUUGUUCAACUGACUACACAGAAGUCCAUAACAUGACACGAAUGCAGAAUUGAUGGAGAGUCAAAAUCACAAUAAGACGUAAUCGAAAUUGUAAAGAAAGUGGCCAAUCUUAAUCAAAAAGUGUAGUAUAGCAAGAAAUGCAGAUAAAACCUAAUCUAUUUUAACGUUUUCAUUCAAUUUUUUUUCUUUUUAUUUUGCUCUAAAUUUUGCAUGCUUUUCUAAGGAGGAAGGGGAAGAUGGAUGGGUAGUUGUGCAGCUUUUUUCUCAUCUAAUCAGUUAUCAUCUUUUUUUCUAAUUUUUCAGAUAGUUUUUGAAGCAGAGAGAGGCAUUGGUUACACUGGAGAUAUUGCUCUAGACGAAAUCAGAUUAAAACCAGGGAAGUGCAAUCAAUUUCGAGUCCAAACCCAGCCCCCAACGACUAUCAAAACUACUCCUUUAGUCACACAAGGUACGUGGUCUGUUACCAUAUCAAACUCUUUCCCCAGUGCGACGAACAUUUGUUUUUCUCGGUUCCAGGUGUACGCAACCACUAACCCCACGUAAUGCACAUGCUCUCCGUUACGAAUUUUCAAAAUGGCGGACAGGCCAAAGAGGGAAAUAAAAAAAACAAAGCGAUUUUGCAAUGAAUACUCAACAUACACCCUCGUUAGAAAGGCGAAUCCACGGAAGAAAGAUACAAAACUGUAUGAUAUUGAGAUCGAUAUGAUAUUAAAUCGAUACCGAGGGCCCGUUUCCAACUUGCUAAGAAGUGCAUUUAGUUAGCUUCCGCCACGAUUACUAGCUUUCUUGACAGCUUUCUGAAGACAGAAUACUUUCUUUCGGAAGACUUCUGAUAUGCCGCUAUUGAUUAUUACACCUCGUACAUCUGAUUGCUCAAACACUUUGUUUACGAUUGUUGAAAGGAACGACUCAUUGUUCUCCGUCUUCGUCUUUACAUUGCUUUGAAAUAGUAUAGAUUAGUAAGCUGAAACGAAAAAUUAAUAAGAGAAGUUUACGAAAAAUCCAGCAAACAAGAUUAAAAAAGGCAUUUAUUUAGACUUCAUAAUUCAACGAACUUCACAAAUCUUACUUGUUUAUCUCGUAAAUAAACGAUGACAGAUUAAUUCCCGAAGCGCUUUCUGAGUUUCCCGAUCCCUCUCCUACUGCUUUCACGCUUACAAAACAGGAAAAAAUCAAAAGGAGGAAGAUACAGCUGUUUUGAAACGCCAUUUGACGAGGGUAAAUCCCCCUUUUUUUUGUUCGACACUUUACAUAUCAAAAUAAAGGAAAUUUGUUCAUCUUUUUGAUUCUGGCAGUACAUUUUUAAUUUGCGCCUGCGUAAAAGAGAUAUCGCCCGAGACCCUUCGCUCGGUCGUGUUUUGAUCAAAACCGCCUUGUUAAUUUCACGCAACCGCUCGGAGAAAAGGUAAAAAUGACGAGGGAAAAACUUUACCUUCAAGUUAGAAAAUUAGCGAAAUAGAAAGCCACAAUAUUAUAGUUUAAUAUUUCAGAGAUACAUUGAGUGCUUUUUCCGUAGAGAAUCCGCACGAUGGUAAAACAUUCGAAAAUUACACUCGAUUUGAAUGGGGUGUUGAAGUGGGCGUGGUCACCACAUUCAUGUUAAGACUAUUUGUACCCCAUGAGUUUGAUAUGGAUAGAAAUGUUUUGACAUGCUACAGCUAAAACUUAAUCGUGAAAGAACUCCUUUUGAUGCCCGAUAUCGCAAAUUAUUUUUCCAUGGCUCGAAAUCUCCUGAUUUCUUGAGUUCGGUCUUUGAUCCUCGCGUCAGUUCUGGGGGGAGUAGCUUUUUAGGCGUAGUUUUCAACUCCGAAUUGAUCAUAUAAAACCCUUCAUUUUUUUUUCCAGCUUUUUCAGUGUUCUGCAACUUUGACAGCAGGUCGUUGUGUGGAUUCACUCAAGAUAACCGAGAUGAAUUCGACUGGACUCUGAAUAAGGGUGUAACAGGCAGUAACCCCAGCACGGGACCAACAGCUGAUCUCUCAGGAAAUGGUAGGCUGAAAAAAAACUUUGCCAUAUACAAUAUGGCUUCCAAAUGAUUAUCUGUUCACUCUUUUGGCCACCUAACGACGAUGAAGGUGAUCGUAGUUGAAUAGCCAGGUAACAUGAUGAAAUACGAGAAAAAGGUUUUCCGUGAAAGGCUUGAAAUCUCUGCAAGAGUAGUUGAGACAAUCGUUCACCCCAUUUUCCUCACCGCCACUCACCGUAUUAUUACUUCCGGCAUCCAGUGAGAGAUUUCCCCAAUUUCGGGGGGGAAAUGCAUGUUUACGAUCGCUUUCAGUGACCAGCGUCUGUUUCAAAACUUGCCCGCAUCAACAAAAUUCCAACCGACACUCGCCGAUUGGCUUUAAUCCCAGCCUUCUCUCACAGGUUACUACAUUUAUGCUGAGGCUUCCAAUCCUCGGAGGCCUGGCGAUCGGGCCCGCCUUCUGUCUCCAGUUGUGACUGGCAGGACCUGCGUGGCGUUCCGAUUCAACAUGCAUGGAAGAGAUAUGGGGACCCUAAAUGUGUACGGCAAGGUGGGGCCCAUGGAGCAGAUUUUGUGGGAACACAACACUGACAGGGGAGAUACAUGGGAAGGCAUGCAGAUCAACGUCGAAACAUCAGCUCAAUUCCAGGUAUGCGGCCUACUUAGGCUUCGAAAUAGCCAUAGUGCAAUUAUGAGGAAUCAUAGGUUUUAGCUCAAAGAUAUCCACUUCGUAAGCAAAGGGCAUGAGGGCAUCCUUUUAAAAUGGGUGCCAAGGAGGGAGGUAUAAGAGACGAGGUUUUAUGAACCUUCUGAGAAAAUGCUCAAACUGGAAAUUCAUACCAUAUUUUCUUGUCACAUUACUUCGAAAAUGUACUUAUUCCCCUAAAUGUUACUUUCCUGAUCAUAAAUGGUUCACUGUCUUCGCCUCUGUUUUUUUUCUUUUUUUCUGACUGGUUUAUCUCACGCAGGUUGUAUUUGAAGCUAUUCGUGGCAAGGGAUACAGAAGUGAUAUAGCUCUGGAUGAGAUCUCGAUCUAUCCUGGCCCAUGCAUUACAGCAGCUGAACCUUUGGCCCCUACCACAGCCACAUUACAUACCACAUCAAAGAUCACUCCUCUUAAUGGUCAGUAUUAGUGUAACUUUGAACGUUGACCACUUACGUAAAAAAAAAUACAUUAAUUACGUCGUUGCUGCGUAAUCCCACAGAUCCAAGUAUUCUAUCGAAGUGUGUCCUUUAAUCACUUCCGGAAAUGAUAAAGAAAUGAUUUUAAGAACUGAUUAAAUAGAAUCAGACCCACCGCCCCUGCCGCCCCACCCCCCUCCAUUCAAAAUUAAAAAGGAAUUCUAUUCGAUUUACGAGGAAACAUUCCCCACUUUCAUACCUUUCUAGUCGUUUUCAUAUUCCUGCGUGUAUAUCAUGAUUAUCUCAUUAAAUAAAGUAAGAUUAUACGAAAAAAGUCGUACAACAGCGUGGUAAUGCAAUUUAGAAAACAUCCCCUAUUGCCAAGUCCUUGAAAACCCGUCUUUAGAAUCUGCUUUUCUUUUAGUUGCAACAUUUAUUUACUCCUGAGGCAUGUUUUUAGCUCGAGUAAACGCAGUCCUGAUUUAGAAAUUUAAAAAAUCUUAAAUUCAUAUUCAAACAUAAGGAUCUUAAAUUCAAAUCCAAUUACGAAGAGCUUGGGAAAAACUGAAUUGACUUGGAGAUAUUUGCUUGUAAAAUACUUGGAUACGAUUUCGUCUCUUUAGUUAAUUAUGAAAAUAGUUGUGCAUGUUAAUACUCGUAUAUCUCAAAAUAAUUUACAGAUUUAAGAUGUUUAUCUGGGUGGACUAAAUUUGGCAGAUCGUGCUACAAAUCCUUUGAUGCCAAAAUGUUAUGGCACGCUGCAAAAGCUCACUGUCAACGAGAUGGUGCCUCUCUCGUCGCCAUCAAUGACGCUUAUGAACUUAACUUCGUCAGGAACUUAACCAGGCGAAUUUACGGAGACUAUGCAGUUUGGAUCGGGCUUCACCGAGACUCUCAAGGGGAAUUCUCACGUUGGGAGAACGGAGAACCACUUGCUUACACCAAAUGGUUCAAGAACGAGCCUGACAAUCUUUUCGGAGACGAGAAUUGCGUUGAGAUGUUUAAAUAUACUGGUAGAUGGAUGGAUUCCACCUGCACUGGGGUGUCUGCUCGGAGUCAUCCUUUCAUUUGCGAGAGCGGUAAGAUUUGAGUGACUACAAUUAAUUUAUGAAGGUGUUAUCUCAAAUUUAGUAAACAAUAGGGAGGUCCAUUUGAAAAGAGAAUCCUGCUAAGAAUCAAAUAUGCCCGGCUAGAUUGGCCGGAAUUCAAUUUUGUGCAGCAUUUUGAUGAAAUUGCCAAACAAGGCAAAGUUUUUGAAGCCUGUUUCUCGCGAGCUUCUUUCUCAGUGGAAGAAUCUUCGCCUCUCAGAACAGGAACUACCUCGGAGAUAUAUACAAGCAUACGUGGUAACUGUAGGCAGUUGUUUAUAUACCAACACGAUGAAUCCUGUUAUUUCACCAAUUCCCGAGCAGUGAAAAGCCUUUCAGCCCUCAGAUUGGCUCACAACAUCUUACUCCACACUUAUAGAGUUGGAGAAAAGUAAACCCCAGUGUCCACCCGGUUGGGCUGAGCUGAGCACCGCCUGCUAUAAAGUUUACAGUGGAAUUCGAGGGAUGUCCCCGUGGGCUGACGCAAGUAAAGUGUGCCAAGCAUCACGUGCCAGCCUCGUGAGUAUCACGUCGCCAGACGAGCGUAAGGAAGUACUUUCUUUAAUGCAGCGUUAUUCUGAGGGCAUGUACGGCUACUGGAUUGGACUAAAACGUUCUUUUUCAAGCACGUUCUCGUAAGUAGUUUGAAGUUUGAAGUGUUCUUCAAAAGUCAUUAGAAACCCCAUGUGGAAAUGAAUUUAGCGUUGUUGGUUUCUAAAGCUAAUCAGUAUAAGUUGUAAAUGCUUACCCUAAAUUUUCAAUAUUGCAAAUUCAGAAAACCAAAGUAAUCCCAGCAACUAUUAGAACUAAGGUUUACCCGAUGAAAACUCAAAGUGACAACAAGGAACCUUCCUGAGGCGCAGGAAAACGUAAAUGACCAAGUCGAAAUUGGUUUUAGUUUGAUUGGUUGAGAGGGUAGCGCGAGUUUUCUGGACCAAUCACAGAGCAAAGUUAAGUUCAACAAAAGCAAUGCUUGAAGACUUUCGACGCUCAAUUGAACAUUGCUGCGCUUAAGAUUAAGUCAGGUUCUUUUGAUGAGUUCUUUAGCAAGACACUUUACCGUAACAGUGCCUCUCCCCAACCUUAAGCAAUAAUAAGUACCGACAAAAUAUCAAAGAAACCUGUGAUAGUUUCACCCCCUUCUAGGGGGAGUAUUAAUACUCCUUUUCAUUUCAUGCUACAGGAGCUGGUAUCAGCUCCGGCUGGAUGGGCUCUUGGCUCGGGUGUAAACUUAUUUUAAAGCAAUGUUAAUUACAAUAUUACCUUACCUUUUUAAAGAUGGGAGGAUAAAAGUCCCCUGACUUACACCAAAUGGGCAAGAGGCGAGCCUAAUAACUGGAUGAGGAAUGAAGACUGUGUUUACAUGAGUACACAAGAUGGAACCUGGUUCGAUUCUCGCUGCUCACGUUAUCUACCAUUCAUUUGCAAAUUAUGUAGGUGUGAUUUUAUUCUGUUAAAAUAAAGUGCUUUUAUUUUUUUAUAGGACUUCAUCUGCCAAAUUUGCACCCAGUUGCUCUAUGGUGUAUUUUUAAGCCUUAAUUUUUCGCACCACUUACUAGGGGCUCGGCUCCCACGACUGGCUACGAGUAUAAAUGUCUCAUUUAUUAGGACAGGAUUUGCGGCGCAAGAAAAAAUCAGAUAUCUUAGAACUGUAGUUUUCAACCAAUCCAGCAAAACUGCGUCCCAACCUGUAACUUGUAACGGUUUACUGAUUCAAAGUCCGCCAAACGGUUUCUUUUAGGUUAUAUUUGAGUGAAAAAUUAGCCCCCUUUUUUCUGUAUGUCACACCAAUUAUGUUCAACUGAGUAACAGUUACCAUUGAAAAAAAGCAGUUUACAAACACACGGAUUACCUACGAUCGCGGUGUGCGGGUUUCAUGUCACAAUAAUCAGAUCUGGGCUACCAGAAACAGCCAGUGGAAGCGCACCUGAAAUCGAAAGUUGACAGCACAGCAAACGAGUAGCGAAUAAACACAGUAAACUUCCCCCGUCGUUUCAGUUACAAUUGUUCUUCACACUAUUUCUUUUUCCCAAAAUACAGCUUUAGCACGUGAUCGCCCAACAGAUCCCACUACCCCUCUUCCGGUCACAUGUGGGGUGAAAAUGAACGAGACCUCUAUAUCCUCUGGAUUAGCUCUUGGCGUAAUCGUAGGGGGAAAGGUUGCAAUCCCAGGAGCGUGGCCUUGGCAAGUUGCUCUUCUGUGUAAGACUUGCACUGACCCUAGUUGUGGAGGUACCUUGAUUUCUGCAUAUCACGUGAUUACGGCCGCACACUGCAUUUCCUCCGACACUGAUACAUUCGUCAAAGACUACAAGGUGGGUAUGGAAGAAAUACUCUAUGCAUCUGUUGCAAUCGGCGAGCGUGAGACAAAAUAAAACUUAUUCCACUUGAGUUUGUAAACCCAGACAUGUCCAGUUUCUACUGAAUGAGUUACGUACACCAUUAACUCGUUGGUUACCUGCUCUAUUCUGCUUGGAUCGGCAAUGUAUAUACCACACAAGUGAAUAGUACUUUUUGCACGCGCUGAUUGGCUAGUCUGGAAGUGAAUAGCACCACCUCUGAGCAGCCGAUGAGACAAAAUCGUGCGUCAAGAGUUUAAUUUCCAACCAUUUUUUUCGGUAUACUGAAAGAAAUCAACUUAUUUUUUGGUAUCUGUGUGAUAUAUAGUACAACAGUUAUUCUCUCCAAUGGGAAAGUGUUAGAGCACCACUAUACACUUUCACUUUGGUGAAAAAUCGUUCAUUAUAAUCAUCAUUAUCAUCAUUAGUACCGUUAUGAUCACUGCUUUGAAUACAGAUUCGCCUCGGUGAACAUGAUAUCCGAACGAACGAAACUGACGAACAAGACAUUGACAUAGCCGCCGUUUACAGACACGCUUCCUACGGUGUAACAGCUCUCCACGAUAGCGACAUUGCAGUCAUUAAGUUGGCCUCUCCCGCCACAUUCAGUAGCAGCGUAGGACCAGCAUGUCUACAAAGCAACAACAUAGAUUUUCCUCCAGGUAAAAACUUUAUAACUAAGCAGAUUAAGACCAUUGUUGAGCUCGACUAGAUUUACUCCAGCACAGAAACAAAGUUCUACUGGAACUAAUCCGAAUGAGCUUUUCCCAGAAACAAAAAAAGUGAUCGAGUCCUAACAUCUAAAGAAUGAAAGUCGGCCGGGUAAAGAACUGAUCGUUUUUAGCAAAGCUGGAAAUUUCAUCGGAAUUUGAAAACAAAAGGGUGUCGGCGUUCUUUUUAGCGAAACCUUUGUGGACUAAAUGGCAUACUCUACCCAUUUCACGUAUUUCCGGUCCCUCAAAACUUUUGGUAAAAGAUAUAAGAUUCACUACAAGAUGAAAGAUUCUGGAGCGCACUCUUAUGAAAAUAGAGAAGAAAGAUCAGAACUAAAGAUCCUCGCUUGAGUAAAUGCUUCAACGCCUUCCUCUUCAAGAGGUGUAUGCGCCAGAGACCAAAUAAUCCUCUUCUGUGCCACUCAAAAGUGGUUAGGAAACUGUGACAGUGACCUUGUUUUGAGACUCCAAGGAGCAACCGAACCAUCCAAAAAUCGUCUUCAAAUGUGCUUGAACUUCGACUAUGGAUGCUGUCGAGAUUUACGUCAUUGAGGCAUGUGAGGCAACGAGGCCAGGUUGCUAAGGCGUUUUUCAAAAUGGCAGCGCCCAAUGAAUUCUGAGAUUUUUUGAAGACAGUCAUCAAACGGUUUGGUUACUCUCUGGUGUUUCAAAACCCAGUAGGCAGUAAAUAUUUUAUGCAUACCUAUAAAAGACGGUAUAAAAGUUUUAUAAUUGUCGUAUGUUUACUGAGCACACUUCUCUCUCUCUCUCUCUCUCUCUCUAACUUUAAGUGAAUGUUUCAGUGAUACUCGGCGAAAAUCUCCUCUUUUCUCCCGUUUAUCCACAGAUACAGAAUGCGUCAUCACAGGUUGGGGUCGCACCCGUCGACGAGGCGGCACAUCUUCUGUUCUUAGAGAGGCGAGGGUUCCCUUAGUCGGAGACGCAGACUGUAAGAAAAACUACAGACCAGAGCUCAUAACUUCCAACAUGAUCUGUGCCGGAAAUUUGGGAGGAGGAAUUGACGCCUGUCGGGGAGACAGCGGAGGUACAAUAGAAUUCUGCUUUCUUAAAUCGGAAUGAAGCUCGAUAGUUCAUAUGUUUCACCUAGCUCUAUCUAGCUCCAUAUUAGUACAUUAUUUUUAAGAUUCUGCCAUUGACAUCUAAUUCAUAGAAACACGGAAAGACUGCUUCAAGGAGAAAAGAACGGGAUAGCAGAAGGUCAUUUAGGACUUGCGAUAGACUUGACUUCUUUUAAGCAUCAUCGUAUGACUGACAUAUUUCACCAGUCAUUUUAUCAAUCGUUUGAUACAUUUUUAAUUUAUGAUUCCAGGCCCUCUCGUCUGCGAGAAAGACGGCCGUUGGCAUCUCGUGGGCAUAACCAGCUGGGGAUGGGGUUGUGGUGGCCAGUAUUACGGAGUAUACACAAACAUCGCUGAGCUGUAUGAAUGGAUCAAGGAAAACAUGAAAUGA